AUGUUUGGAUCUCAAACGUCUAUUUCCAUUCCACAGGACAUCUCCCCCGCUCAACAUGGGAGGCACCUGUGGGACAUCCGACGGCAUGCAACACCCCCUGCUGCCGGAUUCACGGACCGCUUCACCGCUCUGCCCUCCUCACAACCGCUACCAGCAAUGGGUCCCUUCCGUUCAGAGAGCAGCAGCGCAGCAGCACACAUGCCUGGUUUCUCCCAUGGACUAGCACCAGGAGGAAUGCCAGGUGUUUCCUCAGGAGAGGCCUACACAGGGAUGCUGGAAGGAGGGCUCUCAGCAUCAGGUCCUGAAGGACGGGGGUUUAGUGCCCUGGGGGAGUUUGAUGCAGAGGUGGCGGCAGCAGGGGGGCAGCAGCACGGCGGCAGCAUGGUGCAAGCGAUGCAGGCUGCGAUGGGGGAAGGCCCACUGGCUGCUAAUGGAGAAUCCAAUCAGUUUCCAUGGUCUUCCUUGGGGCACAGAGCUGCUGGGUAUGGGGCAUCAGCGCUUGAGUACUCAUCUCGCCUGUCCGCAAUGGGGAUGGGGAUGGGGUCAGGAGGAGCUGGGGGUACAAUGAUGGAGGGACUAGAUUUUCUCAACUACCAGCAGCUUUCUGGGAGGGCACAGGGGCAGGGAAUAACUCGGGCGGAUGAUUUACCCAGUAUGGUGGGACCAUCUGGGGGGUUGUCUCAUAAGCUGACAAUGGAAGAAGGCAGGAUGCUCAUGGGUCAAGGGGAGGCUGGUGUGGAAGGGGUUGGAAGUGGCACUGGCAUGAGCGGAUUGUUUCAGUACCACCAUAGCCUGGACCCGUCGCCGCUUACCCGCACACCUUCAGGCCACAUCGUCAUGCCGUCAGGCCACGUCAGCAUGUCGGACAGAGCGUACCUGCAACAGCCGGCAAACACCUCGUUCCAGAGCCUACUCACUGCGCCGGAGGAGAGAGGUCUACCUGGCUGGAAUGACAGGGCUCUAGGCUUCAAUGCCGGCCCGUCUGGUGGUGCUGCAUCCAGUGCUGGCAUGACUGAUGCCAUGCUAUGGUCCGCUAGUCUCCACAGGGAUCUCCAAGCAGCAGGCAGGCUGGGAGGAACUGCCAGGAUGGGUUCUGGUGGAGCUACGGCUGCUGGGGUUCAGGCACAGCAGCAGCAGGAGGGGGGGCUGGAGGAGCAGCAGGGUCAGGGUGAGCCCGUAGUGGGAGGUGCGGGUGGUGAUGGGAAAACUGCUGAGGCAGAGGGUAGGGCGUUGGGCGCCGGUGCGGAUGGGGCACAGGGGGGUGAUGCAGGGGGGUUUGGUGGGGGAACACAGGGUGGAGUGAAGGGCGGUGAGGAGAAGGGGAGCGGAGGAGCAGCAGUGGGGGAGGGAGGAGACGGAGGUUUGCAGCGGUCGUCGCGGCUGCCUCCCUGGGCGAGGAAACAGCUGCAGCAGUCAGGCAGGGCCCUCGGGGGCGACCCUUUCCGUGUGUCAUCCCCUCGGCUCGCCUCCUCUCCCCAUAUCUCCUCCCAAUUCUCCUCCCCUCUCUCUUCCCCUCACCUGCCCUCCCCUCUUUUCUCUCCUGGCCAGCCUUCUCCGUUCUCCUCCCCAUGCUUCUCCCACCUCCCCUCCCCCCGCCUAGCCGAAUUCCAACGUCUCUCCAUCUCCAUCCCCCCCAGCCCUCCCCCCUUCGGCGCGCACUCCCCCAUAGGCACAUACGCGCCCAUGGGCGCACCCUCCCCCGCUUCCAGAACCCCUGGCUCCUUCCCCUUCCCCACGCAUUCCCCCCUCUCUGGGGGAUUUCCUUCCGCAAGCCCCAGCGCCCCUACCCUGGCUAAACUCUCCCCCAGUGUGGCCGCAAGCAACCGCAGCAAGAGAAGGCUGGCCCUUCGCGCCCACCACCCAGGGGCACAUAUCCCGGGUAAAGGCCGGCACACAGGGGGGAGAGGCCCCGGGCAUGGGGGAUCCCUGGGGUCCCCGAGGGGGAGUGGGCGGAUGGGGCAGCAGAGGAUGCGGGUGCAGGGGAUUUCUGGAGGUUUGAAUGUGGGUGGGGAAGGGAUGGGAGGGAUGGGGCACGAGCAGGGGAUGACGGUUGCGGGGCAGCCAAUGAGUCCGGGGCCAGUGGUAGGGCACGGGACUGUGAGCGGCAGCAGCAGCGGUGGUGGCGUCAUCGGUGGUAGCAGGCUUCGCCCACAGGCUUCACUGACAGAGUCGGGAGGCAGGAUCGCCAGCGUGGAGGCCACCGGUGACGUGGCAGGACCUGCUGACGUGGAUGGCGGUGCUGACGUGGACUCCAAGUCGGGCGGCUCUGCUGGCAGCACGCCGAAGCAGCUACAAGGCGUGUCCAAUCAGGAUCUCUCUCCAUCCACCGGCACUGGAUUCCGUGGAUAUGGCUCCAAGGGUAAGGAGAAUGUUGUUUCUAAUCACAAUACUGGGUACACUGGGAAGACAAUUUUGGCCAAGAGCAAGUCGAUAGGUGUCCUGUUUGAGAAGCUGCUGACAGCGAGUGACACGAGCCACCUGGGCCGCGUUGUUCUACCCAAGGUGCCGGCAGAGCGCUUCCUGCCGCACGUGGAGAGCAAGGAGGGCAUUCUCAUCAUCGUGGAGGACUCCAUUGGCGGACAAUGGUGCUUCCGCUACAGGUUUUGGCCCAACAACCGCAGCAGGAUGUAUGUCCUGGAGCAUGCAGGUGAGAUUCGAUGCCCAUAA